AUAUAACUUCUUUUUCAUUUUUUGGAUGUCUUCGCACAUGCCUAUUGAAUAUUAUAUCAACAUUAAUAAUCAAAAAAUAUAUAAAUCGUCUUACCUAUUUUGUCUGCAUCUUCAAAAGUUUCGCCCAAAUAUUAUUUAAAUGUAUUCACUGAUCUAUUAUUAAUUCUCGCGCAUAAUAAAUCGUACUUAAUUGGUUAUUCACAAACAGGUACCGUUCGACGAUAGUAUAUAGGAACCAAUAACCCAUUGGAGAUUUAUGUUGCAAGACAUAAUUUUUUGUUAACGAGAAUUAGUAAUGUUCUACACGCGGUCGAACUAGCUUGGACGACAAUAAUUAUUACUCCUUGUAAAUUACAGUAAAUUUGUAGUAAAUUAAAGUAGAUACCAUGGCAAGUUCAAAUAAUAAUGAUGAUGGUGUAGUGACAAUUUUCGGCUCUGAUUAUGGUUUGAGUACUGAUAGUUCAGCUGCUUUGAACUCAGCAAAUUUGACUGAGAAUGAGAGGAUUUUCUUCAGGAGUCUCUUUGAAAAGUAUGACAAAGACGGUAAUGGACAAAUGGACGUGCAAGAACUAGCAACGAUGCUCCGAGAAAACAACGAGGUUUCAGAAAAAUUAGUAAAAAAAUUGGUAAAGUCUGCAGACCAGAAUAACGAUAACCGCAUCAAUAUUACCGAAUUCACAGAAAUGAUGCUCGACAAAAGAUAUAAGGCAUUAUUCGGGCAAUAUAUGAGAAGUUAUGUAGACUUUGUAGUUCCUCGUGACAAGCGCGGCAUGUUUAGGCAAGUUGGUAGAAGAGUUGGCAGCGAUAUAGAAGUAGAUGGUAGAGGAAGAACUUCUUCAAUUGACGGUACCUACGAGGACGGGUUCUCUUGUUUCCCGCCACCAGUUUGCAUGGUUCUAGUCUCGAUAGCAGAAAUAAUUUGCUUCAUUUUAAAUGAACACGUAGGAAGAGGAGGAACUGUUGAACCCGGAGGAGGCCCCAUUGCCGAAGUUUUGAUUUAUAAUCCAGAAAAAAGGCAAGAGUGUUGGAGGUUUUUGACGUACAUGUUUGUGCACAUUGGAUGGGUGCACUUAACAAUGAACCUGUUGACUCAAAUAUUUCUAGGAUUAGCUCUUGAGCUUAGGAACCGUUGGUAUAGAGUACUGACAGUAUAUAUGGCUGGGGUGGUUGCUGGUUCUCUGGUGACAUCCAUAAUGGAUCCAGGAGUAUUUUUGGCUGGUGCUAGUGGAGGAGUUUAUGCUAUUUUGACAGCACAUCUUUCGAAUAUAAUUAUUAAUUGGUCUGAAAUGGCUUAUCCAAUAAUCCAACUAAUCAUUUUCAUUCUGUUAAUUGCUGCCGACGUUUCCACUGCUAUUCAUAACCGAUAUCAAGGAGAUCAAACCCCGAUUGGAUACGCGGCCCAUUUUGGAGGGGCCCUGGCAGGAUUUCUCGUGGGUAUUUGGGUGCUGAAAAAUGUAGAGCCCACGAAAAAGGAAAAAUACCUUUGGUGGGCUGCUUUUGUAGUUUAUGUACUUCUCAUGGGUGUUGCCAUUAUUAUGAAUGUAUUUUGGAAGGGGCACUUUUUAGCUACUGCUUGGGGUGUGUAGAAUUUUUCUGCAAAUCUAAUGCGGAAUGUAUAAACUGGAUUUUAUGCCAAAGAUAAUUUAUUGUUAAUAGUGAAAUAGGUUCAACUUUCUUCUUAGCAUUUAACUUAUAUAAAAUUUAAUGAAAGAAUAUUCAUCUGUAAAUAUUUUAAUAAGAGUUUAAUUGAAUUUAAAUUUUGUAUAUUGUGAUAUUUUCGUAAAUUCAUUUAUUAAACUGAAUAUCGAAUAAAGUAUUUAAAC